ACUACCACCAGUCACUACCCACCGACCACCAUCAUACUUUCUUUCUUAUUGUUUGUCUAGAAGUCUCCAUUCUCUCUAUCUCUCUCUUUUCUUUCUGCUAUCUUUGAUUGAAGUUUGAAUCAACUAUAUUAAAAGUCAGUUAAUUUCUCGAAUUUUCGUCUCCAAAUCUUGCAUCAACCAUGGCUCUUUUAAUUUGCCUAGUGCUUGUCUUUGCCAUGACUGGGCACUCAAGUGCUACUUAUUGCUUAUGUAAAGAUGGGGUGAGUGAUCAAGCUCUCCAAAAGACCCUGGAUUAUGCUUGUGGAGCUGGAGCUGAUUGUACUGCAAUCCUCCAAAAUGGUGCCUGCUAUAAUCCCAACACUCUGAAAGAUCACUGCAACUAUGCUGUCAAUAGUUAUUUCCAAAACAAAGGUCAAGUUACAGGAAGCUGUGAUUUUUCUGGCGCUGCUACAGUUAGUUCUAAUCCUCCUACCAAUAUUGCUUCCACGUGCAGCUAUCCCUCAAGUAGCACUGGCACAACCCCAACUACUGGGACAACAACAGGGACUCCACCCACAGGGACAACCACAGGGACUCCAACAGUUUUUGGUGGUGGCACCACCCUUGGCCCAACAGGAACAACCACGGGCAUCAACGAUGCAAGUGAUGCGGUGGCUCUCUUCAGAAGCACUAACAUUUUCGUCACCUUUAUUAUCACCCUUUGGAUUGUAAGAUUGUCUUGGAUUUGAAGCUGAAGAAAAGGUUGAAGGGGUAACGGUUUGAUGUCCGGAUGAGAUUUUGCUAUGACAGUAAUACUAACAUUGGUGUAUGUAAGUAUCAUCCACUAGAGGCAA